AUGGAUGUUGAUAGUCGUUCAACAUAUGUCUCACAGAAUGGAACAGUGACAAAGAAGACAUUCUGGAGCAUAAAGACAAUAAGAGAGUACUUUUGGUUCAUUCUGAAUCAGAUUCUAGCAUUCUUCCACACAUUGGUAUCAGACCCUGCCACAGAGAAAUAUAAGAACAAGGGAAGAGGAGGAAGCGAUGGUUUUGGCGGAUAUGGUGGAGGAGGUGGUGGAGGUGGCGGAGGAUAUGGAAGAGGUGGAGGCGCUGGCGGCGGUGGCGGUAGAAUGGGCACCAUGAAGUCUAUACAGACACAUAUAGCAUCCUGCACAGUGCGAAGUGGGUGA